AUGUCUCUAGUGCAGCAUGUCUCUGCACUUGAAGGUGUUGACCGCGAACCAGACCCAGAUGAGGACGCCAGCCUCCAUCCCAUCCGUCGGAAGAUCAGCUACGACGUCUUCCCUCCGCCUGUGAUCGUCUCAGAGGAACUUGACAAGAGCGGUACCCCGGCGUAUAAGGUCUCGAGGGCUUGGAGAUGCACACAGGUAUUCGUUACUGUGGCAGCCUGCUGGUUGGCGUCUGGGAUAGUCUUUGGGUUUGCUGCCUUGAAGCCCGUUCUUGUUGCUGAGGGAGUCUAUCGGGAGCUCUGCACGGAGGAGGAGGUACAUUUGGAAGUUGAGGUGUGCUCGGAACAGGAUCUCAGACUUAAUCUAUUUUUCACCAUUGCUUCGAUCACUGCCAAUGUCUCUGCCCUCCCCGUAGGUCAUAUUCUUGACCGAUACGGAUCUCGCGUGUGCGGCGUUGCUGGCUGCGGAUGUCUGGCAAUCGGGGCUAUUCUCAUGGCUUAUUCCUUCGCGAGCGCCGGAUUCGACGGGUAUAUGAUUGGCAACUUCUUCCUAGCUCUCGGGGGGACCUUUAUUUUUGUACCAUCCUUUCAGAUUGCCAACGCCUUUCCAAAACGCGCCGGGGUUAUUGUCGCGCUGGUGACGGGGGCUUUCGACGCCUCUGCAGCGGUUUACUUGGGCUAUCGACUGAUGUAUGCGACCUCUCCCCGUCUCUUCAGCCCGCGGAACUUCUUCCUAGGAUACCUGGCGGUGCCUGUACUGAUCCUUCUGGGCCAGCUGACCGUCCUACCGGCCCGGGAUUACCAGUCCAUGCAGCAGCUGGAGGUAAAGAUCGAAAAGGCCCAGGACCCGAGACGCGACGUUCACGAGUCCGACGAGGAGAUCGACGAUUUCACACAACUGCGCCAGGUGCGACGUAAGCGGGCUGAGCGUCGACAGGCCAAGUUGCAACGGCUCGAUAACGUGCUGGGCGACGCCGACGAACGCAGGCUGCGCGGCCAGCAGGAGGAAGAGAGACAGCAUGUCAGCGGGGUCUGGGGUAUCUUGCAUGGCCAGCCCGCACACAGACAGAUGGCUAGCCCCUGGUUCCUGCUCAUAACACUCAUGACCGUCGUGCAGAUGGUGCGCAUGAACUACUUCAUUGCAACCAUCCGCGCGCAGUACGAGUAUAUGCUCUCCUCGGGCGCCAGUGCAGCCCAGAUCAACGGCUUGUUCGACGUCGCGCUGCCCGCUGUCGGCGUUCUCUCCACACCUGUGAUCGGGUUCCUGCUCGACCACCUCAGCGUGACCGUCAUGCUGGCCGCGAUCGUGGUCCUGACGACCGCGGUGGGGGUGCUCAAUUCGAUCCCCUUGAUGGGAGCAGGGUACGCUACUGUGAUUGUGUUUGUGUUUCUCCGGCCACUGUAUUAUUCUGCGAUGAGCGACUACGCGACAAAGGUGUUUGGCUUUGCAACCUUUGGCCGCGUGUACGGAACCAUCAUUUGCGUUUCCGGCCUGGCCAAUUUUUCUCAAUACGGUCUCGACGCGCUGACCCAUGGUCCGUUUGGGGGGAAUCCCAUCCCGAUCAACGCCGCGCUGGCGGGGAUUAGCUUUCUAGUUGGAACAGUCUUGGUUAUUUUUGUGCAUGUUGAAGCAAGGAAGAGUAAAGACGAUGAAGGAGACAGUGGCGAGAGGGAGAGGCUUAUUGAUGAUAUCCCGGACAGUAUUUUGGAGGAGGAAAUGUAG